AUGAGUCCCCAUGACACUUCCUCUCUUCCUCGGGAGUACACCCUCCACUCUGGCUAUCCUUCAGUCCCACAAUAUCUACAUCUCCGGUCAUCGGCCGGGCUCUCUCCCAAAACUCCAUCCCAGGCCGCUGCUGUCUCCACGGGUAGCUGGUUCGGGUGUUUCGUCACCACCAAUGGUAACAAUGAAGAAUCACAAGUAGUCGGGAUGGGACGGGUGAUUGGAGAUGGCGGUUGGUAUUUUCAUAUCGCAGAUAUGGCCGUCCAUCCAGAACACCAGAAGAAAGGCCUCGGGGAUGUGAUUUUGAAGAAGUUGCUUCGGGAGAUUAAACAGCAGGCACCCUCCGACGGAAAGCCUUACAUUUCGUUGUUGGCGGAUGAGGCUGGACGGAAAUUAUAUUUCAAAAAUGGAUUUGUGGAAUCCGCACCGGGGUCUUUGGGGAUGGUUCUCAAGUCCUGA